UUCCGGGUUAGAGGUGAAGUCGACAGUAGGCAACGUGCGUGCUACAGUGCAGUGUGUCCCAAGAGGUUUUUGUCGCUUUGUUAAGAAAUGACCGUAACAAUGGAAGACACUAAACCAGAGAAGAAGGUCAAGAUCAAACGCACCAAAGGGACAGCUGCUGGCCCUCCCACCAAGAAAGUCAAGUCCUUCAACGACCAGUCUCAAGAACUCGCAGGGGGAAAACUUUUCAAGAAAGGAGACCAGAAGGGCAGGGGUAAGAAGUUUAAGAAGGAUGGCAAGGUGAAGAAAUCUGCAGAUGGAGAGGGGGAAGAGAAGACAGGACAAAAGAGAAAGUUACCAGAGAAGAAAGGGAAGAAGAGAAAGAGUGAAGGAGAGGGAGAGAGUGGGGAAAGUCCAGAAAAGAAGCAGAAGCUUGUAGAGAUGAAGAAGAAGGAUCGGAAGGAGGUCCGGAGACAGCUGAAGAACAACUACCCACUCCUCAAGAGGACCAAGGAAAUCUGGGAAGUCGUCAGAAGACAUGACUGUAAGAAAGAGACCAGAGCCAAGCUGAUGACAGAACUGUAUGGACUCAUCAAGGGAAGGGUCAAGGAGCUUGCCAAUGCCCAUGACUCAGUGCGAGUGAUGCAGUGUUGUAUCCAGUUUGGUACACCGGAGCAGAGGGCAAUGUUGUUUGAGGAACUCAAAGAUGACUUGGUGAAUUUGUCUAAGUCCAAGUAUGCAAAGUUUAGUGUCAGGAAGUUACUGAAGUAUGGGUCCAAAGAACAAAAAGCUGAAAUCAUGAAGAGUUUUCAUGGUCACAUAAAGAAGAUCAUCAGACACACGGAAGCCUCCAGUGUGCUGGAGUAUGCUUACAAUGAGUGGGCCAAUCAGACGCAGAGGAAAGCCAUGCUGCAGGAGUUAUACGGGAACACCUACCUGGUCUUCAAGGCUCCUGACACCACAACUUUGCAGGACCUCUUCACACUUCACCCAGACAAGAAGCAGCUCGUGAUGAAAGAGUUCAAGGAAUCUCUCACCCCACUGUUGGAGAAGACUGUGGUGAAACACACUAUCGUACACAAGGCAUUACUGGAGUUUUUCACUCAUGCUGAGGGCCCGCUUAGAACAGAAAUGAUUGAAGCUGUCAGAGAGUCCCUCAUCCACAUUCUCCACACCCAUGACGGGUCAAGGGUCACCAUGCACUGUCUGUGGCAUGGAACUGCAAAGGAUAGAAAAGUCAUCAUCAAGACAAUGAAGACCUUUGUGCAGAAGAUUUGCCAGGAAGAGUUUGCCCACCACACCCUGUUGGCACUGUUUGACGUAGUUGAUGACACCAAGUUAGUCUCUAAGGCCAUCUUGCAGGAGUUGCUGCAGAGUGUAGCUGACCUUGUCCAGGACCAGCAUGGCAGGAAGGUUCUCCUGUACCUGUUGUGUGGCCGGCACCACGGACACAUCCACCCAGACAUCCUCAAACUACUGCAGCAGGGAGAUGGUAACGAGACCAGCAAGAAGGACCCAGCCAUGAGAAGACAGGAGUUGUUAGAGUUUGUAUCUGCUCCACUGUUGAAGUUUUUCUCCCAACACACCAAAGACUUGGUGUUUGACAAGGCACAGAGUCAAGUGGCACUAGCUACCCUAGAAUAUGCACAUGGUGAUAAGACUGCAGCCUAUGAGGCCUUGUCCUUGUUAGCAGCUGAGGACUUCAUGCCACAAGGAAGAGACGGGGAGGAAAGUGAGAUGCACCUUGUGGAGCACCCAGCUGGCCACCUGUUCCUGAAGAGACUAUUGACUUGGGACAAAACUCAGAGGGAAGCAGGCCAAACUGAAGGGUUCUUUGCUCCUGCACUGCUGUCUCACCUUGAGCCUGGUGCGAUGGCCUCAUGGGCCAAGGUCAACCGAGGAGCCUUUGUCAUUGUCAGUCUCCUGGAUACUGGAAUCCCAGAGGUUGUGAAGAGAGUUCAGAAGGAGUUGGAGCCACAGAAGACGAUGCUCAAGAACAUUAAGGUCGCUGGAACAGACAUCCUGGUCAAGAAACUAGAAACAGUGUCUGCAUAGAACUCAGUUCAGCAUCCAUUUUUAAUAUGAUUAUUGAUAUGAUAUAAAAGUUCCUUAGCAGACACAUGGUGUUUCAUAUACUACAGAAUCCAACAUGUAGUUAUGUUGAUAACAUUACCUUUACCAACAAGCUCAUUGUUCAUUAAU